GUGAGACCCUGCCAGGUGUAUUGUAGCCGUUACAAAAGAUUACAUGCAAAAAGUUAUUGGGACAACAAAAAAGGAAAAGAUAAAAUGGCCAACUUUGAUACAAUUCAUGUGGAAAGAUCUGUCUAAGAGCGAAAAAGUCAAAACUGUUUCUGUCACAAGUGCAUCUCUUUAUCUGUGAAAAUUUUAUAAAAUAGAAUGAAAUAAAAGUUAACAGUUGAAAAACUAAGAGAUAGCCUUAAAGCAUGUUGACGGUAAAGGAGAUUCACAACUGUAACAGUGAAGGGGACAUGUAUCAUAUAAAGAGGAGUGAAGCAGUUUCUCCGCAGGCCGCAGAUGUCAUCGGCAACGGGCUGAAUUCGCACGAACAAGACAUCGCUAAAAAGUUAGAAAGAAACUUCGAGAAAUGUGACAAGAAUGGUGAUGAUACUAUAAAUAGAAAACUAGACAUUAACGCAGAAUCACUCCGUGAAAAAUAUCCGGACUACGUUCGUUCCGGUUCGUCAGAUGUAGACAGUGACCUAGAAAAGGAGGAGUUGAAACAGGGCGAAGGUUUUUCCGAAAGAAAUCAUAACUUUGGUUACUCGCAACACUUACCUAGCAAUAUUAACCCGUAUGCGUCUGCCUUCGGUGCCGAGGAAGCCCGUCUUAGAUUUAAUUUGGAAUCGGCCAAAUUUAAGGAACGUCUCGGGUCAAUCGGGUUAUCUCAAUUCCGGGAGGAGGAGUUACACAGGCGCUACUCACUUCAGGACAGUGUUCAAGAUUCCGGCAAGCAGGCGGCACCGAGUUCAAGUCCAGAAUUGAGUCCAAGGUCACAUUCUCUUCAAAGUUCACCUCAUCAGUCAUAUAAACUUCAAGAUCAUGGUCCAAGGUCAAUCCAUGAUUUGUCAUUUGAAGAACAAGAUACCAAUUCUUUCCUGCCACGUAUAAAAGAGGGACUGUUCUUCUGUCAUCUUUGCAGUUUCUCAGGUACAACACAGGGAGAUUUUGACCAACAUAUGACUGUACAUUUUGAGCAUAUAUGUCCACACUGCGACUACAAAUCGAGAACCGAAGGUCGAUUGAAGAGACAUAUUAAAGAUUUCCAUACGGAAGAUCCGGACGGUGGUUACAAUAGGACAAUGCCUGGUCGACCGAAGGUGUUCCGGUGUAAACAGUGCGAAUAUUCCACUACAGACAAGAUUGAGUUUUGGACACAUUCACGAUCUCAUAUCAAGGAAGACAAGUUGUUGCAGUGCCCAAGAUGUCCGUUUGUAACAGAGUACAAGCAUCAUCUAGAAUACCAUCUACGCAAUCACUUUGGGUCGAAGCCGUUCAAAUGCCCAAAAUGCAACUACGCCUGUGUGAACAAGUCAAUGUUAAACUCGCACAUGAAAUCUCAUACUAAUGUUUAUCAGUAUAGAUGUGCAGACUGUACUUAUGCCACCAAGUACUGCCACAGUUUAAAGCUUCAUUUACGCAAGUACAAUCACAAGCCCGCUGCCGUCCUCAACUCAGACGGCAGUCUACCGCAGGGAGUUGAUGCUACAGCUUCGGGCCUUUCCUUGAUGGCUAAACGUGGGCCACCCCGCGGUCCUCGAGGGCCAAGGAAAGAUAAACUUGACCAGAGUCCAGGCAGCUUUUUACCAAUGCCACCAUCACCCAUGGCACCACUCCCUGGCCUACCAGGUAUGAUUUCACCAUUCUGGCCUCUUAUGCAAGGUCAGAUGCCUGGCAGGCUUCCACAUCCUCUAAGUCUCGGACCACGUUUCAAUCCGCAGUUUGCACGAUUUCCAAACUUUGGUAUCAAGACAGAAGAAAUGACAUCGCCAACUGCAACAUCCAAUUCAGAUCCAUACAAGUGCAAUUUAUGCAGUUUUGUCGGCACCAGUCGGGAGGUUCUUACGAGCCACUUAGUCAAAGUGCACGCUUCGGAAAAUCAGGAUUUGUUCACAAUGUUUGGUCUGUCAUCGGAAACAUUGCUAGAAGAUAAUCAGAAGAGAAUGAAUGCGCUCAGUUCCUUCCGCUCACCAAUGAAAUCCCCGAAAUUAGAUGCAGUCAGCCAUGGAAUGGACAUCAAUUUGAACGGAAAGAAAGAAUCCAAUGAAAUGAAGAAAAUCAAGCGUGAAAAUGAAGAAGCCAUGAGUGUGUCUCCUUUUGCAUUUAUGAAUGGUAAAUUUCAGGGAGCAGGAAAUGUUAAAGAUGAGGGAAUAGACAUUUUGAAGCAGAUGACUUUAAAAUUUGGUUCAGGACCAGUUGAUUUAAAACGUAAACGCCCCAUCGAGCCAGUACCUGUUGUACGACAGGAGGCUAUGACCCCUGAUACCCCUGAUAGUCCUCUAGAUUUGACAAAGCCUAGAAGUUCCCCUUCAGUUUAUCAGCAAGAAAGCAUUAACAAGCACGAAGAUGUUGAUGGGGAACACUCAAGUGGUGAAAACUCGGUCUAUUCAAAUGAGGUGAUGUCACCGACUCCAAGGAAGCGCUCAAGGAAAGGCAAGGCAUAUAAGCUUGACACGUUAUGUAUGAAGCUACAAGAAAAGCAUGGAAAUAUGUACGGUAGCGAUGAAGAUUCUUCCGCAGAAAAUGAUGAAAUGUACACGUCUGACUUACUUCCUGUUGAAGCAGACGGUCAAUCACCGGAAGAUUACAGUGGAAAUGAUAAUAGCUACGCAGAUAUCGACUCGGACAUUGAUAAACAGGAAGAGAAGACUGAGAAAAAUGUUGAUGAAGAAACUAGUGACAUCAUGCCCAAGUUGGAUGUCAAUAUGGCACCAAUGAAUAAUGGUGAAAAUAAAAGAGAUGGACCUCCAGCAAAAGAGGAAGAUAAAAAUGAAAACAAUUCUGAGAAACUGGCAGAAGAAGAUCUUAAGAAAAUCCAUGCCAAUCUUGAAAUGUUGAAUGAGACGUCUGGUUUGAAGAAUAAUAGAAUUGACAAUUUUGAGGACAUGAAAGACAAUGAUGUAUCUAAUUACGAAAAAGUGUUUCAAAUUGACGAAGAUAUAAAGAAGUCACCAUCGCCACCUGGAUUUUCCAGUCAUAAUCGGCGGAAGCCAGUGGCAGCAGCUAUACAGCGUGGCGCAGAUAUUGCUUGGAAAAUUUUAAACGAUCCUAAAAUGGCUGAUCCUGCGAGACUUAUAAAGAAUGGCGAUAAUGGACACAAGCUUGAAUUGUCUCCCUUAGAUAAGAAGCUGUGGCUUGAUGCACCUUAUUGUACGAAGUCACAAAAAGGCGAUUACGAGUGCCCACAUUGUCAGAUUUCCUUUGGAGACUGCAUUAUGUAUACCAUGCAUAUGGGUUACCAUGGAUACAAAGAUCCGUAUAAAUGUAAUAUGUGUGGUGACACGUGUAAGGACAGAGUGGAGUUCUUCCUUCAUAUUGCAAGAGCUGCUCAUAAUUAAAGACACCAAUAUCAGAUAACUUGCACAGUUAGUGCUUCAUUGACUUUUGCUAUUGUUCGAAACGCGGAGAUAAAUAAAGACGUUAAGAUAUUUUGUUCAUAUUAAGAAAUUAUCACAUGUUUAUUCAAAUAACAUGAGUGUUAUUGAAACAAUUGUUAUUGAAAUCCAAGCUGUUAUGGAUAUGUAACAGACAAACUGCAAAAACUGCUAAACAUUUGUAGAAAACAUCAACUGUAAAAAAAAUAUCACAGUGCUGAAUACGGAACAGACUUGCUGCCCUCUAAAAGUGACCAAUCAGAAAACAGUAUUUUUUGAGAGAUGGUCUGUAUGACUGGAUAUUGUACCAUUUUUAUUAAGUUAAUCAUGAAGUUAUACAGACAUAUACAGGCAUCAGUCCUAAUAUUUCCAAUAUUGACCUGUUUAUUAUGUUAUAUUUGAUUUAACUAGUCAGUUUUACAUUAUUAUGUAUAUAUAUAAUACUUUUGUGUAUAAAAGUCAUGCCAUAUGUUUUGCUGAUAUAUAAGCAAUCAUAUUUUGUUUGUCCAUUUGAAAAAAAAAUCAAACAGUAUUUCUUUUUAUAGUAACAUUCCAUGUUUCUACAAAAUUAUUGCUCCAAAGUUUUAAAAUACUAUAUAGAACUUAAGUAUUCAAACUUUUUCUGGAAAUUCCAUUGCUUUGGUUCAAUAUUUGAUACUUUGGUUUUAUUUUUGUUACUUAUGUUCGAUAUUUGAUUCUUUGGCUUUUUUUCACCUACUACAAGAUACUUACAUUAAAUUUUAUGUAUUUUUAUAUGCCAAUGUAUAUACUGUACCAUUCUGUUAAUGAUGUGUAUUAUUAUUUUAUUUUCUUUGUUAUUUAUUUUUAGCUGCAUUAUUUUGUUGAUGUACAUUUGUAAUCAAGAUAGUGUAUUUUUUUUCUCCGUUCUUGUCUUAAAAUGCUAUGAUUGUAUAUGUAUGUUAAAUAUUGUGAAAUUUCAGAAUACUUCAAUAAUAUAAAUCCUGUAAUUCUGGAAAAACUUGAAUUUUCUGUUUAAUAUAUAUACAUAUUUUUUCUUUUGACAUUAUUAUUUGAAAGACUUCCUAUUGGUUGAAUUUAGGAGAAAGUAGUCUGGCAAGACAACAGUGAAUAUACAGAAAAUAUGUUUCACUGCAGUGAAAAAUAAAUUUUUUCAGUAACAAUGGGAAAAUGAAUAUAUGCAUCUUAUUUCACCAAUAUUUCAUAUAUGAGUAUAUAUAAUAAAUAAGAAAAUCACAAACUCCGGAACGAAUAAACAUACUUUGUAUAAUUAUGCUAUUUAAAAAAUCAUAUUCAGAAUGAUGUAAUCUUGAUUUUUUAAAGUUAUGAUAUUUGUUUUAGUUCUGAUUUAAACAAUAUAUUUUUAUUGACUUACUGCGUACAGAACUGUACACAAUGCAAUAGUAAUAAGAAAUCCUCUUUUUGUUUUUUGUUAUUUUGUUAUAUAAAAGUUAUAAUGUAUUCUUGCAUUAUGUUAGCUGCUUUUUUGACAUAUGUUUUUAGAAAGAAUUAUCUUAAAUUUCUUGAGAAAUGGUUUUAUCAUAAAGCAAUAAGAAAUAUAAACACGUGUCACUAUAUAUAGAAUGGUUAUGUUACUGAAUAGACUGGCUUACAGUAUGUGGACUGUACUUGCAUUGGUAGCCAGCUCGAUUGGGUCACUGACAUAUUCCAACAUGAACAACACUCUGGUCACUGACAUGUAUUCCCUCAUGUAAGACUCUCCAUUUGGCCACUUACAUGUAUUCCCCAUGUCUAAGACACUCAAUUGGGCUAUUUACAUGUUUUCCCCAUGUGUAAGACACUCAAUUGGGCCAUUUACAUGUUUUCCCCCAUGUAAGGCACUCCCAUUAUGUUUUUACAUGGUAUUCCCUCAGGACACUUGACUGGAAUGAUCAUAUGAAUUCCUUUUGAUAACACAGUCCAACUCAGAAAUGUGAUGCAAAAGAAGAAGUUAUUGUUUUAUUUUCUUGAAAACAAGUUAAGUUUUGUUGCAUAUUGCCAGUGCAAUUUUAUACAAAUACCUGGUAUACGCAUAAACCUUUCUGUUGACAUGUUUAAAUUAUUUGAUCUCUGUUAUUGUUUUUGCAGCUAAUACAUUCUCAUUUGUUAUCAUAGUAUUAUUUAAGCAGGGAAAUAACUCUUAUCAUAUCAGGAAAUUAGGACACGCCAUCCUUCCAUUUUCAUUUUGUUUUGAAUUUUGUUGUUUUCCUUAAAGCAACCUUCAGCUUUUAUUUUUUGUUGAUAAAACAGUUUCGUACUUUUUCAAACUAAGUAUUUCAGUAAUUUUAUCUUGGACCAAUGGAGUGUUUCACUGUUAAGCCUUCUUCAAAACAGCGCCACAAGAGCUAUUUAUAUCGCGCAGUGACGUUUCUAAAAAUAGAAGAUUGGGAAACGAUCCUCUGCUUUACUAAUUUACAUAUAGAGAGCAAAUUAGAGGUAUCGAGGGGUUUUCCUUAUUGUCUUUUGUAUUUUAUCGCCAACAGAUUUCAUUUUACACCUUAAUUCUUUUGAUUCGACAAUUAUAUGAAACAAUUUAUCUAAAAAUAACAUAUUUAACCUUCAGAAAAGCUGAAGGACGCUUUAAACCUUCAAAGAUUCAUUACAGACAAUAAAGUUUUCUAACUUCUAGUACUGAUGCGUCUUUAGUAAAAAAUUUCAAACAGCGACUUCCAUUGCACAAUUUAGUCAGACAUUCCAAUUAAUACACUACCAUGUUUAUACCUUCCAUCCUCAUCCAAACCUAUAGCUCAAACUUGUGUAUAUUUUAGCCGCGUCACGACAAAACCAACAUAGUGGGUUUGCGACCAGCAUGGAUCCAGACCAGCCUGUGCAUCCGCGCAGUCUGAUCAGGAUCCAUGCUGUUCGCUAUCAGUUUCUUUACUUGUAAUAGGGUUGGUAAGCGAACAGCAUGGAUCCUGAUCAGACUGCGCGGAUGCGCAGGCUGGUCUGCAUCCAUGCUGGUCGCAAACCCACUAUGUUGGUUUUGUCGUGACGGCGCUCAUUUUGUUUAUGCUUGCCAAUAUGUUAAACCAAUGCCUUUUUUCUCAGGGAUAAGUUAAUGGUAUUUAUUGUUAACAUUUCCAGUAUGUUAUUUGUAGUAGAAUUUACACUUGUUAAAGCACUGGGACCAAAUACUUUGAAACUGUCAAGUGUAAGAACUGUCAAGUGUAAGAAUAUCUUCGAAUUGUCUCCCCUGAAUUUUGUGCCCAGUCUACACCAGAAUGCCAGGAUGUCAAGUUUUCAUUGGUUGUUUUUAUUUGAUUUAAAAGUUACAACCAAUCAAGUGACAGUAUUUAUAGGAAGGGUAGACUGGUAUCUACAUGGGAUAUUGUUAUCCUGCAUAUAAUUUUUUGCAGAAGUAAGACACUUGAAUAGUUUUCAUUUAUUGGUCUCCAGAAUACGUUAAUUAUGUAGCUAUUUAAUAGUUUGUUAUAAUUGUGAAUGUAUCUGUACACGUAUUUAUACAUAGAAAUCCAAUUAUAUUGUUAUUCCUCCCAUAUAAUAUUCUAGGAAUUUUUUUUUUUAUCUUUUUUUUUUUUCAAUCCUAAUUAUACAACAUGUGACGGUCAGUCCGCAGCGAAUUAGCUAUUCUGUAGUAGGUAUAUAAAAAAAUUGUGUAUUACAUAAUGUUCUAGUAUUCGGAUUUGUUUGCAUCACAUGCAUACUUACAUUACCUCUCAAGCCAGGGGCCAUGAGUUUGAAUCCUUCUUAAGACUCAUAUGACACCAUUACUAGUUGGUCCAAGCAAGAACCGUAUAUGCGGCAGUUAUUAGUUUUUUAAGUAACCUGCCAACAUUUGGUACUCUAUUGAUAUUCAGGUAAUAGAAUUUAAACAAAGGAAAUAUCAAUGUUAGUGCAAUAACUGAUUAACUCCUAUUAAAUUUAGAACGACUUACUCCGUUACCACACUUUGGUGACGAAAUUUAAUGACACUUUGAAAUAGUAAAUUUUUUUUGACAUACUCAUUUUGUUUCAAGUCUGGGCAUUAAGUAUAUGCAUUUAAUAAUGAUGUUUUGUUUUUCGUUCAUAAGAUAAAAUUGUGUUUAAUUAAUAUUCAUUUGCUGAAAGAUUAUUAUGGUGCUGAUUUUAACUGGCACUUUGAAUCAGAAUUGUUUAAACACAUAUCUUGUAGUUAUGUUCUCUACAUUAAGUGUUGCAUUGAAUUACAAUUUAAUAAGUAACAAAUCUAGUGUAUGGUUUAACCCUUUAACAGGUUAUAUGACCAUAAAUAAACAUUUUUUUGCAUAUAUUGCUGACAACUGUUUAUAUAUGGCCAUAUAUAUUAUAAUACAGCAAACUUGUAGAGAAAAAAAUGAAAUUUCUUCAUAAAUUGAUAGCAGGUGUGAAUAUAAAACUAUUUAAACGUCACAAUUAUCCAAUGAAAAGCGACGUUACAAACAUGCAGUAUUAUAAUGUAACAAAUACAUUGAUUAGUAUAAUUAUGACAUGAAUAAAAGAGAUGCAUUUAUUCCAUUUUGUUAAAACUGUAUUCAAGUUGAUAAUGUGUAUAUAAAACAAUGAAUUUUGAAUUUUAAUCUUACCUAUUAGUUAAUCAGUAACUAAAUGUAAUCAAUUUGUGUAAAAGUGUGUAUUGCUGGUAUAUUUACGAAGGUUACCUAGAAAUUUAUUUGAAUAAUACUUAAACCUGACUACCUCAGUCUUUAGUCAUAGGCUUGCCUUAAAAAUAGCGUUUCUGUUGCCCUUGUCAAGUAGAAUUAGAAUGUGUUUAAUCUAGAUUCUGAUUAAUUUAAAUUAAUUUUAAUUAGAAUUUUGAAAUUUUUUGAUGAUGAAUAAAAAACACUUCAAUUUUUUUAUUUAUUUAUUUUUUUUUUUUAAUAUAGUAAAGCAGAAUGUUACCUAAUGAAAAUUUUGUUAACAAUUUUUAAUGACUUUUUUAACAAAGUUUUUUUAACACUUAACAUUGUUAAGCAACAUAUUUGUUAACAUUGUUAGAUAAACGUUUUAUCUCCAGCAUUUAACUAAAUAGAAUGAUUAAAAAAAAUGAAACACAGCAUAUUUUAUAUGUGUAUUUGAUUGAAAUAGAUUGUAGAUAUUUUGAUAUGAUUGUUAAUUUCUUUUUCUUAAUGUGCUCUAUAUGGUGUGUCAAUAAUCAUGUUCUUUAUGUAUAUA